AUGUUUUCAUUUGGUAGCAAGAGACAGCUGUUGAGAAGCUUUCAAAACAUUAGACUGCAGUCUACGGCGGCAAGCAACAAGGAUCUGGCAAAUGCGGCACUUCCUCCGCUGUUUACGCUCGCAACCUUGAGAUCUUUCCCCUCUCUGGAGCCUUUGACGUUCGUACCUGUACCUGCGUCAGUUUUCGAUGCUCCCCUAAGAAGAGAUCUUCUGUGGAAAGCCGUGGUGUACGAAAACGACAACAAACGUGUUGGUUCAUCCAAUCCUCCCAGCAGAAGCGAGAACGGAUACUCCAGAAGAAAACUUCUGCCCCAAAAAGGUUCCGGUAAGGCCAGAGCCGGUGAUGCCAAUUCUCCUACCAGACACAACGGUGCCAGAGCGCUGGCCAGAUCGGCCCCCAACGAUUACACCACCAAGCUGCCGCAAAAAGUUUACUCACAAGCACUGCUAAACGCUUUGAGCUAUCAGUACCGUCGCGGCAACGUGCACGUGAUCGGAGGCACCGGCGCUCUAUGCGAAACUGCGCAGCACGAUCUCAACGAACUAGACGUUUUGCCCACGUCAAUACAGGAAGACGACGGAGAGCUGGUUUUUGAGAAGUUCCUACAUACCCACGGCAUGGCCGGUGAAAAUCUGUUGUUUAUCAUUGACGCCCCCAGACCUGGGUUGUUCCGGUACUCCGAGCCAGUCAAAGACGAUAUUAACAUUGUGCAAAAGGAAUUCGUCGACGUGAACGAUAUUUUAAAGGCCCGCCGCGUAUUUGUAGAGCUGGAGGCUCUUGAAUACCUGGCCGUAACGCACACCGUAUAA